AUGCAGGUGCGGCGUUUCCCCUUGUGGCCUUGUCGGACGGGGAGCGAGCCAGGCGUCGGUGGGGGCCUGGAUCCUGGAGUGAGGUCAGCAGUGGUGCGUGUUGCGCCGCGGCCCUUGUCGCAGGGCCUGCGGCGUUCUUCAGUGAGACUGCAGAGGAGCGGGCGGAGUGCGGCAGCGACACCGGUGGCUGCCCCCGGUACUGCAGCUGGAUUUGUUCAGGAGGCUGAGGUUGCUGUAGGAGCUGGACUAGGAGGUGCUGCAGUACUGGACGACUGCAGUGAUGGAGGUAUUUCGGAUGCGGCUGCCGGUUCCUCUGCCGGUGAGCCUGGACGGAGGCGGUUUACGUCGGUUGCCGGGGGCGACGAGAGACGGCGGCCGCCUGUCGGCGGGCCUGGACAGCGGGCGGAAGUGGAGGACGGCGAGGUGAGCCAGGACGACUCUGGAGCUGACGACGGGCGGAUGGACGAGGAUGGAGCCGGUCCGGCGGCAGCGCAGCUGAGCGGACCAUCGAUGGCGGGAGUGUCCGGGCGGACCGUGGCUGCUGGGCGGAUACCUCAGGGCCAGUCAGGUUGGGGUCGGGUGUGCGGGAGUCACCUGCAGCAGUAUGGGCUCCAGAGGUGUCCGGUGUUACGAGGUGUCAGUCUGGCGGGGUUGGCUCGAGCUUUUGCCAUUCUGGCAAGUGUGGUGGGAGAAAAAGCGCCGGAGCACUGUUCCGCGCUUUUCUGUUACAUGGAUGCCAUUGGUGAGGCCUAUAGGACGUAUGGGGGUGUGGCAUGGUGGAAGUACGACGAGCAGCUUCGUCAGCGGAAGGCGGUCCGGGCGAGUAUUCGCUGGGAUCACAAAGAUAUCGGUCUUUGGAUGCGGCUUAUGGUGGCUCCGAAGACAAAUCUGACUGUGGUCACAGAGUUUCUCCUCUUAGGAUUUCAAGGCAGCCAAUUUUUGAGAAAUCUUCUAUUUCUUCUGUUCCUUGUUGUUUUUGUUGCCACAAUAUGUGGGAACCUCCUGAUCAUCAUCCUGGUGUCCACCACCAAGAACCUCCACACCCCAAUGUACUUCUUCAUCUCACAACUGUCCAUCAGUGACAUCUUAUUAUCCACAAAUAUUGUCCCCAACCUGCUCCACAUCCUACUGAAUAAUGGAGGAACCGUCAGUUUUAUUGGUUGUAUGACUCAGUUUUAUUUUUUUGAUUGCACUGAAGCAUUAGAGGGUUUUCUUUUCGCCGUGAUGUCUUAUGACAGAUAUGUGGCCAUCUGUAAUCCCCUCCGUUACUCCUCUGUCAUGACGAAUAGAUUUUGUGUUACAUCACUCAUUAUUAGUUGGUUGAUGGGUAAUGUUAUUUCAUUCAUUGUUACGAUAACAUCAUCAAAACUAAACUUUUGUGGGUCAAAUAUCAUCAACCAUUUUUUCUGUGAAAUUAUCCCCUUACUAGACCUGUCCUGUUCUGCCACCUUCUCUGUUCAUGUGGAGAUUUUUGUUUUGGGAGUUCCAUCUAUAAUGGUUGCAACCUCAAUCAUUGUAGUGUCUUAUACUUACAUCGUGAUAUCAGUCUUAAGGAUCCAAUCCAUUACUGGUAGACAGAAAGCCUUCUCCACCUGUAGCUCCCACCUCAUUGUGGUCUCCAUUUUUUACUGGACUUUAUUUAGUGUUUAUGUUUUCCCUAAGAGAGAACAAACUUGGGUCAGUAGUAAAAUCCUCUCUCUGCUGUAUACUGUAUUUACUCCAUUUAUAAACCCCAUUAUAUACAGUCUGAGGAAUAAAGACAUUAAGAAAGCCGUACAGCAAACAUUACAUAAACACAUAUCCUGUAAUAAACAUUAA